AUGGCAACCCAACGAAAAAGUCAAGGCAAGGGCUGGCACCUGAUUAGGCAACGAGCUUCGAAUAUCAUGCGGCGAAUCACCAAACGACAAGGCCUGCAGAAACAUGCCGAAAAGACGCAGAGAGAGGCAGUGAAUAGCCCUCUACAAGAGGACGCGGUUGUUUUAGAGACCCCUGAAACCCAGGUCCCUGCUAUAGGUUCAAGGCUGCCCUCCCAAAACAACAACUCUACCAGUCUUGGCACCUGGCUAGAUGCUUUUGAGCAAACCCAGAGCCUAUACCCUUGGCUGGCCAGGGGCAGCAGCUUUAUCAAUGACAAUGAGACGCCGUUGCAGGUGAGCAAUGACACUCUAGAGCUGGACUCGGAGAACAUCUACGCGAACCUUCCACGCAACCGAAGGGGCUUGAUAGUGAACUCGGACCUUGCAGACAGCUUUCAAUUUUUCAAAAGACGAGCUGACCAAUACACGGUGAGAGCAGCCCUCAGCUCACGGCGCAGCUCACGGCGCAGCUCCUCGAGGGGCAGUACCAGCACAGGCCAUGACCAACUGGACGUUUGCCUGUCGUCUCCGCUUCUAUGUUCGUCCGCGGGAAGGCGCCUCGAGGCUCUGGCGGAUGAACUCUUGCUCUCGCUUGGUGUUGGCCCAUCUCCAAUUGUGUCAAAGCACGAGAGCCGAGACGGAGAGGAAUCGCAGACAAGCCUCGCGCAGGAUCCAGAGCCUUGUGCGCAGUUCGAGGGGUUUUCGAACCGCUUCAGCUUCAGAAAACCGGCCUCGAUAAAAUCCAUCAUUUCUUCAUUGUCGCCCACCCAAACUUCUCACACGGGACGCGAGGACUCGGCUAGGGUAGACUUUACAUUCUUUCCAGAGCUCCGACGGUGGGUGCACAAGCAUGGGUCGUCAUCGGACAGGUCGGCGUCCACACAGCAUCCUCACGCAAAGUGCGGAAUUUGCAAGGUUAGCAACUUGGAAAGUCACGAGCUGGGAAGGUCCGACAGCAGCACAGCCGGCGAGACCGAGACGGCCACGGUGCUGCCGUGCGGUCACAUGUUUGGCAAGGACUGCCUUGCACUGUGGCGCACCGCCAACAAAGGCGGCUUCUCCUGCCCGACGUGCAGAUCCACACUAAUCUUUAGCAGUUGCAAACACGCCAUCCCGGGACUCGUCGUGGGCAAGACGGCAGACGUCCCGCUGACCAGCCCAGAGGGGGGCCGCAUCCCGACGUACUGCAACGAUUGCCGCCUGUCCAAGAUACGAGACGGCUGCGUCGAGCUGGCGAGGCUCAUCUACGACGACUUUGAGUACACCGAGGCCGAGUGCCGGCGUGCUGCCUGGCACAUGGUCCCGCUUGCGGUGGAGGCGGCGCAGCGGGCGACCGUCGAGCGGGUUAUGGGGAGUUGGGGGUGGGGGAACACCGAGAUGCUUGUUUGA